CCAAUCUGCCUCCAGGCAGUUUAGAUCCAGUUUUCAUUCCGUCCGGCAGGAAGGCUGUUGGGAUCAUCAGAGAGAGUUUUCUUCUGUCCAAUACUUACUGCUACUGGUUUGUUUUAGAGGAGGAUUAGUUGGCAUCAUGUAUCGAUCAUGUAAUAAGGUUGUAUUGUAAGGUUCCUUUGAUUAUCUGUUUUUUGUUUUGUUUUGUUUUGUAAGGUUCCAGUAAGCUACUGUUUUUGCUCCUGAUAUGAUCUUCCCAGUUAUUUCGUAUAGGAGCUAUUGCUGUCUUUUAAUUCAUGUCGAGUGAUCAUCAAUUUCAGCUGCUAUUUUUGAUUCUUUUACCUGGCUUCAAACUUUGCCAGGAACAACCAGAGGUUACCUCCACAACAGUCGAUGCUGGAACAAAUUCAGAAAAAUCUGUCGCGGGACAGCAUAGAAAGGCUAGUAAACGUAGACAGAAGAAGAAGAAGAAGAGUCUGGAAAGUACCAUGAGUACGGAUCAUUCCCAAGCUCAUCCAGAACAACAAGAGUCUACAAUAAUAAUUAAGAAAACAGAUCAACCUAAACAAGAAGAGCUAACCUCAACAACAGUCGCUGGCGGAACUAAUUCAGAACAGCAGCAGCAGCAAAAGCCUCAUAACCGUGAGGAGCUUGGGAAUACUUAUUCUGAGAAAGUGAUUCGGGCAGAAACACAAAGGCUCUUAACUGAAUUUGAACAACUAGAUCUAACCUCAACAACAGUCGAUGGAGAAACUCAUUCCAAGGAAGUCUCAACUGUAGAACCAAGGAAAACAAGGGAGCAACGGGAGGCUAUAUACAAAAGGGAGUUUUCUCAAAAUUGUGUCAAGGCUGCCAGAUUGAGUGAACGUGGUACUGUAAUCUACCGUUAUAUACCAACGCGGUCUUUUUGGAUGAGAAUGUGUCGUGAGGAAUGGGGAGUAACACUUGAAGAAACUACAACUUUAAUUAAAGAUAAUCGUUCUCAUCAUUUUUAUAUUGACAUCUGCGGUUCAUAUAUGGGAUAUGGGGUUAUUCUACGUGAUAGUAUGAAGAACCCAAUAGUUGCUCUUUCUAGCAUUUUGGAUCAUCAUAUUUCACAGUUUUAUUCUGAUUUGCAAGGGGUAUCCGAGGGUUUGAAACUUGCAAUAAAGUAUAACAUUCGUCACUUUGUUAUGGUUUGUAGUUCUGACUAUAUUCCUCAAUAUGUUAUGCUAAGUUGGGCAAAAAAAGAUGAAUGUUCUUGUCCAGCAAGAGAUGAUCCUGACAAUCCCGAAAAGAAAAAAAGUUAUUGCGUUGAUUGUUCAAGGAGUUUGUUACAUGAGAUUGGUGAAAAGGGGAACGCAGGCAAAAUAUUACCACUCAUUGAUGAAAUUUUUUACGAUGCUUUGGAGUUUAAAGGCUUUAUAUAUUUUAAUAUGCAUACUGAUGAAUUGUCAAGACUUAAAGCUGUUUGUCAUCUAGCAAAUUCGGGAAUGGAGCAGGAGCUGAGAUUACCUGAAAUUGAAGAGGAUGAAAAACUAGCAGAGAUUCUAUAUAAGGAUGUUUACCGUCACAUAUCUGAGGAGGAGGUGGUGCAGUAUCAACAGCUGAUGUUGCAGAAACAUUGACAAAAGGAUGAAAAAAUGGUACUCUCUAUGAGGAUGAUUACAGUCACUUAUCUGAGGAGGAGGUGUUGCAGUAUCAACAGCUGAUGUUGCAGAAACAUUGACAAAAGAUGAAAAAAUGGUACUCUCUAAAGAUGUUUAGCUCUUAGUAUUGUUAAUUCGAUAAUUUCUUGUUAUUAGUCAUACUGACAUAUGCUUAUGAAUGCAUUGCUUAAGUUAAACCUGCAUUCUCCUAACAUUCUAGAUUGAGUUUUGAAUGCUCUUAUGGUACAUCUUGAGCAUCUUUCUUGAAAUUACUUCUCUUUUGUCCA